UGUUUAGUAAAGAGCCGCAGUGGGAGAGCAAGGAAUUAUUGGAUUACAAACAGUGUCAGUGGUCAUGUGGGCCGCCGUGGUCUACUCUGACCCUGCUUACCAUCGUUCAUUAAGGAAGCUUAGCCUUACUGUGAGGGUGAAAUCACACACACACCCAUGCAUGUGCCUGCACAUGCUUCUGUCACUCAAACGGAUAUACCUUAGAUGUCCCCUCUAUCUCUCUUUGGCUUCCUUUCACACCUGUUUCAUAGCUUUCCUUCUUAGUUUUUCACCAUCACUUCCUCUCCCGGCAACUUUUAAUUCUCCUUUCUAUUUCUGUCUCUUUUUAUCCUCUCCCUCCCGAAUCUUUUUUUCUUCUUUUUCUUAUGUGCAUCCUUUGGAUGUGAGUAGCCUCUUUGUAGCAGGUUUAUACAUGCUCUCCUCAUUCAUGUCCUCAGAUACCCCAGCGGCAUCAUUUUGUUUUUCUACUUGGAAGAGUGUAGAAUAAAACUGAAGACAGAGGACAAAAACAUAGCCGGAGCUGAAGCUCAGAUGUCUUUACAGCUGCACAGGGAAUAAGACACAGACUUGGGAUUCAUAGUCAUAUGUGACUGAUAUGGCAUAUUUACAACCAGAGCAUCACGAAGAUGGCGUCAUUUAAAGAGUGGAAACUCCAUCACAACAUGAUUGAAUGUGACGGCCUGAAGGGGUGAGCCACUUCAAUGGCGCGCACCAAACCUCAUUUCCAUCCAGACCCACAGCCGGAACCGAAACCCACAGCUUUUUUGUCAGCCCCCUUCGUUCUCCUCCUCCUCCUCGGUCUCUUUGCCUGCCCCUGUAAGAGCGGUCCGCCACCGCUCGCACAGCCUCCUCUUCUGUCUGGACAGCCUUUCAUCAUCUUCUGGGGAAUCCGCGACUCUUCCUGCUUCAACAGAGCAGAUGCCAGGUCCUUUGGCAUGGAGCCAGAACGUAUAGCCGUUUUUUACGAGGACACCCUGGGAAACUACCCCUACUUCAUAGACAAAAGCACACCUGUCAACAAGGGGCUUCCGCAGCACACACGCCUGAACAGCCACAUCCAAAAACUGCAGCAAGACUUAGAUGCAGCUCUACCUUCCCCGAGGUACCUGGGGUUGGGGGUCCUGCGCUGGGCAGAGUGGCUCCCACAAUGGUCCAGGAACCGAGAAAAACAGGCCAUGUAUCAGGAGGCCUCCAGGAAGCUGAUGAAAUCCUUCUUUCCAAAAUGGACCACAGAAGAAGUGGAGAAAUGGUCAAAGGUGGACUUCGAAGCAGCAGCCCAGUCAGUCAUGAUGGAAAGUCUACGAGAGGUCAAAAGGUUGAGGCCCAAAGCACUGUGGGGCUUUUCUCCUUACCCUAGCUGCAACAACAACGACCCCACCCAAACAGCAUUAAGCAAUUACACCGGCCGGUGCCCUCCCGCUGAGGCGGCCCUUAACGAUGAGCUCCUGUGGCUAUGGAAACGAUGCUCCGCCCUCUACCCCCUCCUGACUCUGGACAAGCUGCAGAGUGGCUCGUCUGGAGCCAGGCUUUCCUCAUCAGGUCAGAUAAGAGAAGCCUUACGGGUCUCAUCUCUUGCUGGAACAGAUUUUGAUCUUCCCGUCUUCCCGUUGGUCAAGAGUGUCUACGUCUCAACUAAAACCUUUCUAUCACAGACUGACCUGGUCAAUACUAUAGGAGAAAGUGCUGCCAUGGGAACCGCAGGCAUUGUCAUCUGGGAUAAAAGUGAGCCUAAAACAGAGAGAGAAUGCCAGGACCUGGCGGAGUUUGUCCAGAAAGUGCUGGGACCCUACAUCAUGAACAUCACCACGGCAACUCAGCUGUGCUCAGCAUCCCUUUGCCAGGGGAGGGGUCGAUGUGUUCGUCUGGAUCCAGACAGCUCUGCUUACCUCCAUCUGCCACCGUCAUCCACAGUGACUGGAAAGGGUGGAAAAGGUAUGGUUCAGCCAGACAAAGGCAAUGAAACAGUCGAGACAGAUCCAGCGGAAAUUUGGAAAAAAGACUUCCGGUGCCAGUGGUACAAGACUGCAGGUGGGGACGCAUCAGACCAGCAGGCUCCCAGGGAUGGAGCUUCGGUUGGAGUCAAGUCUGAUGGAGAUGCUGGAGCCGUGACAGCAGCCUCCACAGCAAAAAGUGCCUCUGACACUAAAUUUAGAAGAACUGACCCUCCCGACACUGGCAACUCAAAGCCUUCACUGGAAGUACCGACUGACAGCGUGGCCAGUCUGCUGGCUGCCCCAAACGGGAUGCUUCUGCUGGGGCUGGUGGCAGGAAGUCUAUGCCUGGGACCUUUAUGUUGACAUUUCACUCAGACUUCAGGUCUGAGCUGUGACUGUGGCCCUUUCUGAAGUGUCCUUGAGAAGAUGCUCAAUUCCUAAAAAAAAAAA